ACAAUAUACACCGAUUUAAAUAAGGCUCUCACAAUAAAAAUAUAAAACAAAAGAAACAAAAAAACUAAUUUUGUAUACAACAAUAAUAUUUACAAGCUACGGGAAAGAACCAAAAGUGAGAAAAAAGUAUUUGCUUUGCAAACGAUAAGAAAUCCAAUCAAAAGUAAAAGAAACCUCAAAGUGUUAACAGCAUACUACAGCAAUAGUUUCUUGACCAGCUAAGGAUCAAAUAAUUAUAAUAGAAAAAACUUAUACCAGACUUUGGUUUAAUUAAAAUUACGAUACAAAUAAAGUGAAAUAUUUUAUUUAUACAACUAAACGUGUAAUGUUAAAAAUAAAAUUCCAAUAAAAUGUCAAACAAAGUGCAACAGACGGGCCUCCUUGGUGGUUUGUUACAUAAAUUAUAUAGUAAAUGAACUCCUUUACUUAUGUGCUUUUUCUGAAACCAUUUCCAUACCCACAAGUGUAGACUAAAAUAACCUUAAAAUAAUGCAAUUCCUAUUCUAAAAAUUAAUAUUUCAACAAAACGACUGCAAAACAAAAUGCAAUGCAAAAAUAACAAUAAUAAUAAAAAAAUAAUAUAAAGUUAAAGAAAUUUAAUUAUACUAAAUCAAUGUCCAAUUGUAAAUAAGUGUUAAAGUGCAUUCUAAAAAACGUAUUUAUUUAACCGUUAUGAACAUUUCUAGCUGCUAUUAAAGUUUUUAUCUAAUAAUAUAUAGCAUAAAAAACAUCUCUUCCAACAAAAUCCCAUCAGCUGUUAUUAAACAUCAUUAGAAAAGUGUAAUUUUUAUUGCAACAAUUCUCUUCUCACCAUGUUGCUGCAUUAUUAUACCCAAUCAAUAUUAUUUUACUUGAGUUUGCCGACCUUUCACCAAACGAAAAGUGAUAUAACAAAAAAAUUACAAACUUUUGACUAUGAGUAUCUGCCGCAGGAAGUCUGUGUGGCACAAUGUUUGGAACGCCGAAGAGAAAAUGUUAUACCUAUAGAGAUGCAAUUUCAAGAGAGCUCUCUGGAUGUUGGCGAAAAUUCGCCUCUAAAAAUUUGUCUGGACAAUUGCGCAUCAACGAAUGCUACAAACCAGGGAGAAAAUAAUAUUAAGCUUCCAGCCCCUAAACAAAUUCAUGAAAACUAUAGAUUAAAUUUGGUGUGCCGUGAUGAUACAAGUUUAAAUUUCAACAUUGACCUGUAUACUCCUAAUAAAAAUCAAAAAUUAGUUGUGAAUCAAACAACAUUUGUUACAUCAUCACCAUCAUCAUCUUUCUCUACGGAUGCUGCAGGCAUGAAUGAGCCGACUAUUAAAGGAUUAGCUGGAAUAUUGUUUGUGAUUAAAAUUCACUUGGCACAUGAACCAAAUCAAAUUUUUGCAUAUUUG